AGUUCUCAUCCUUGCAUUCUCAAUAGGUCAUGGGCCCCGGCCGUAACUGAACCACUCUCGAACACUUCUUGUCGCUCUCACUCUCACACUACGUGAUCGGGUUUCUUGCCUGAUCUAUGGAGGCUUGGAGCAUCGCGCUUUUUAACCGGGUGUCAGACGUCAUGUCCUGAUGAUUGAUUGAUGAUCGGACAUAUUCGGUGGGACCCCGAAGACAUUUGGACGCCGUGGAGCGUACGUCACCCAGUUCAGAAUGGAUAAAUGUAUCAAAAUUUUACGCCCUCAUCAGAUACCUUCCAGGGCAACCUUCCAAAUGCGCGGCAAUACACAUUGCAUUGGUGCCCGUCUUCGAAUCUGUCAAAGAUACUGGGAAUGUUGGCUUGUGGCGCAUGUCUGUGAGUGGCUCGAUCGGAAUCAAAGACGAAAAGAGGGAGAAAACGGGAGAUAUUGAGUCACCAUUUGUACGAGAACACGGAAAUACGCAUCCAUCACGUCACGUGGGUCAAAGUGUGACAGCCACAACGGGCACGGAAGGGAAUACUUUU